GAAGUGGGGGUGGCAGUGGUAGUGGUGGUGGCAGUGUUGGUGGUGGAGGCGAUGUCGCGGAGAAGGAGGAGAGGCCACCGGCUUCAGAGAGUGUCGAGCCGACGGCCGCGUUUGACGUCGCAUCCCUCGUACUCUACGGCUCGCGCGCACUACCGAUCCGCCUUAAGAUCUUGCUCGAUCAGUUGUUCAACCAGUUGCAGCACGCGCAAGUGACACGUUUACUAGCCGCAUUCGGCUGGACGUACGAGGAUUACACGCGGGGAUACAUACUGCAGGAUUCGCAGAACGGCCCGGUGCUGGACCGAUGGAGCAUCUGUUCUCCUGAAGAGGAGCCGCUGGUACUGCAGCAGUUCCUCAGAUUCGUCGAGACGCGUCCGUUCGUGCAGCAGUUGCUGCUGGCCGCCGGAACGCCGGGGACGGAUGCUAUGUCACCAAGCAGACGACCUUCGCCGCCGACGAUGCCACUAGCACACUUACCACCGCCGUUACACCUACUCCACUGCGGUCUCCCGCCGCCAGGCUCGAGGUUGCCGCCUCCUCUGCCUCCGCCGCCGCCUCCACCAUCCGUCUCGCACCCGUCGAUGUCGCCAACGGCUCAAAAACACUAUUCCUCGUCGUCCACCGGCAACUCUGGAGUAACGAGCAACGCCAACUCGCCGCCAAGGAGCCUGGAGUCUCAUCUGACGGUGUCGCCGCUCAAUCGGCUGCAGAGCAUGCAGCCGUUUGAUUUUCGCAAGCUAGGAACAUUGGGACUACCCGCAUUCCCGCCGCUACCGCCGCCGCCACCCUCGGCCGAGCAGCUGCUGCAGAGCAGGAAGUCCAUGAGAAAUCCGCAAAGCCCGCACAGUCCGCCUCACCACUCGAGCAGCAAUCAGCUACAAAGGCCACCUCACAUGCCACCGGUGGCACCGGUGUCUUCCUCCGCGCUCAACUUCGGGCAUCCUCUCUCAGUGGCGGUGUCUUCCGGCGCUCUGCCGCCCAGUUUCCCUGCUCACUUUCCACCGCCGCCGUUGGGCAAGUCGUCAGGCUCGGUGCCGGGUAUUACAGUGGCGCCAGCGGAUGUGCACAGCGGAGGCGAGAAGAGCAGCGAAUUCGGCUCGGAGGAGGACGAGGAAGACGACGAGAAUUCGGACAGCGCGUUGAAUCUCAGCAGACGGGACACUGCAUCGAAGCACAUCGCCGAGCAGCGACACCAUCCACCGUUACCUCUUCAAGCUGCUCCUCUCGGCAGGCCACCGGGAAUACCGGGAAGGAAGCCUCACUCGCCUGGCAAACGGCCUGGUAGCCAAUGGGGCGCGUCGGCCAACAUCCCGCCGAAUCUCGGCACUCCUUUCAUCAAUCCCACCACCGGCAAGAAAAGGGUGCAAUGCAACGUUUGUUUGAAAACGUUCUGUGACAAGGGCGCGCUCAAGAUUCACUUCAGCGCUGUCCACCUGCGCGAGAUGCACCAGUGUACAGUGAAGGGUUGCAGCAUGAUGUUCAGCUCGAGGCGGUCGCGCAACAGACACAGCGCCAAUCCGAAUCCGAAGCUUCACUCGCCUCAUUUGCGACGGAAGAUCUCGCCGCACGAUGGCCGCUCGUCUAUGGCGCACGCGCUCGUCCUGCCGCCGCAAGUAGGUCUGCCUGUCCCAGCUACCGGUCUCAAUCAUCUUCCCUUCGGCUCGUUUCCGUUGCUGACUCCACCUCCCGAUCUUCGAUCGCCAGCGUCGCUCUGUGGCCUCGACUUCAAGCAUUUAGACCUACAGUCGCAGAAUCCGGGUAGACCGGCAGGAUACGACGAGGCUCUUCAACAGAGGAUGAACAACGCGAACGCAGGCAUUUCGACGACCAACGCGCUGACAACUGCCAGCGUAGCGAUGACGACCGCUGCAGAGACGCACAACACCACCUCCGCUGCGGCUAGAGGAUCUUUCUCUAGCAACAGCGUGGCUGACACGGUGUCGCCAUCCACUCAGGCCUCCACCGCGGCUGCUGAAGGGGAGGAAGAGGAGGACGAUGACGACGGUGGUAUCGUAGUUGUUGCGGAAGACGAUGCGAGUAACCUACCCUCCAGGCUGCCAUUGCGUUCCGGGGAGGACGACGACGAGCAGCCAGCCGACUUCAGUUUGGCAAAGCGACCGAAAUUGUACUUCGGCGAUCCGGUGGAUGAGGAUCUCGUGAGCAACGCCGACAGCAACGAGGACAACGACUCGAUGGGCACGAUCGACCAGCAGAGCUACUCCGUGAGCAGCCAACACUCGAUCAACUCGACGUCGUUGCACAGCAGGGGCGUACGGAAGAGAAAGUCUCAACAUCCCACCCGAUGUGCCGUUUUGACCGAGAUGCACUCCUCGUCUACGGACGGUGACUCGUCGAACGAUGUCGAGGAUCGAGUGCAGAGACGCUGUCUGUCGGAGGGCGCAGGAAUCUCGUCGUCGAUGAACGAUUUUCAAAGCCAACCGGAGGACAUGUCCAUGUCCAGACUGGAGGCGGAGGAGCGAAAAGCGUCGCCAAGUUCCCCGAAGAAUCUCAACUUCAACGACCACGAGUCGAGCUCUCGCUCGCCCGAGGCGUGCAACAACACCAGAGACGGGACACAGGCGAGCAGCGUGAAACGCGACAACACGCAGGCGUCGUCGCAAGAGAACGCGGUGGAUCUACCUCAGGACGAGCCACGAGAUUUGAGCUCGAGAGCGAGUAGCGUCAAAUCGCCGAAGAGGCAGAUCAGCCCAGAGCCAAAGACGAGCCACGAACAACCGACUGAGGCUCGUCCCACGGCGGAAGCUGGCCAGAAAGAUCGAAAUUGCGCCGAGUUGGCCGAAAAUCGGCGGAAGAGCGAGAGCGAGGAGGCGACGACCAAGGAGGACGAAAAGACAGCGAGAGUGUCGUUAAAACGGGAGAAGGAACCGGAGGAGAAGGGGAAGGAGGAAGAGAACCAGGAGGAAGAUGAUGAUGAGGAGGAUGAGCCGAUGGAAGAGGUCGAGGAUGAUGAUGAUGAUGAGGAGGUGAACGCGGCGCUGCGUAAUCAAGAAGGUGAGCGUCCCGAUGAUCCCUCCCGUGCCCCGAGCUCGGUCGAUAGCCGUCCGACGACAGCCGACGACCUCUCCCACGACUCCUCGACCAACACUUUGCGUCAACUCGAGUCCUUGUCGCAGGGUCGCGCGAUGCAGUACGCCGAGAUGCAGCAGGUGGCUUCGAGGUCUGGCCGCGGCUCUACCAGCCCCGUCAGCCUCACGACGCACCAGGAGAUCACCAUGGACAAUUCCUCACGUGGCUCUCGUUCAUCCAGCGCCUCACCCUCCACAGCGGCCAUGGAUACGGACAAUAGCCUUAUCACCUAUGCCCGUUACGAGAACGGUGGCUUCGUCAGCACCCAGGAGAUCCCAUUGGACCGGGAGAAUCCGCGCCGAUGCACAGCCUGUGGCAAGGUGUUUCAAAACCAUUUCGGGGUCAAGACCCACUAUCAGAACGUCCACCUGAAACUGAUGCACCGUUGCAGCGUUGACGGCUGCAACGCGGCCUUCCCCUCCAAGAGGUCUCGCGACAGGCAUUCGGCCAACUUGAAUCUCCAUCGGAAGCUCUUGUCCACAUCGUCGAGUCCGCCUCUUUCGUCCAGCCUGCCACCGAGUCUUUCGCCCAGGGUAGACGACGCUCAGAUGAGUCCGUUACUGCACAACGAGUUCCUCGCAAGAUUGUACGCGGAUGCUGGCAUCGGUGCUCUUGGUGCUUAUCCUCUCACACCUGGACUGCCGUCUGCCGUCGAUCUCGCGGCCAGAAUACCACCACCGCAUCCUCUUCUACUGCCACCUCAUCUGGGAGCCACUUUCUCAGGCCUGUCUUCGUUCGCCUCUCACCUGGCCGGCCUGAACGGGCUCACUCACCAGCAUCUCAACCACUUGACAAGAAUGUCGCAGGAACAGGGGAACAGACAUCCGUCUGGCUCGGGUUCGCCAAUGUCCUCGCCGGGUUCCGAGGAUCGAAAGGAGGAAGCCAGAUGCACGAUACCCGGCUGCGACCGGGUGUUUGGCUCAAGAGCGGUCAGAGACGCCCAUUCGAAGGAUCCACAGGCUCAUCGCGAUUUGUCGGUCUUGUCGACUGGCGGCUCGUGACCGAUCUCCUUCCGCGGAUGCGACUAUUAUCCCCUACUGUGAUGCCAAAACUUCGAUCGUCGAUGAUUUCGACCGGAUGCAGGUCAGCGGAAGACUUGGCUCGCGAGAUUUCGACUGAGUGUAGGUUCCAGUCGUUAGACGAAAAAAUAUAUCGUGCAAUAUCGUGGACGUGAGAGAAAGAGAGAGAGAGAGAGAGAGAGAGAGAGAGAGAGAGAGAGACCUUCUAAGGAACCGGAAUCUGGCCACUCGCGCGGCUUCGACAACCCUUCUGUCACAGUUUCAAAACGGUUCGGGCCGAUCUCGGCGCGGUUCGGCGGUUGUUCGGACAACGUUCAGCGAAAGUACUUAAGAAACAGGACCCAGGUGAUUCGAAUCGACCGUUUCAUUCGCGAAUAUACUUGCCAGCGACAGUAUAAUUAUGGCAUCCUUCGAGGCCAAUCGGGGGAUGAUCGACAACGCCGGUUCCAAUCCCGGUUCUCGAGUUAGUUUUCGUGCAAACGCAAGGUGCUCCAAUCUAGUCAAUUCGGAAAUCCUCGGCCACGCCGCUGGAAUCGAAAAAUUCAGUCCACCCCCGAUCGCGUAAAUCGCGCUCGAUCGGCCAGUUCCGUUGCCAGGGCUGUGUCCCUCCGUUCGUUCACGAGACACGCCAAACGAAGUAACAUUUUUAGUCGAGUUGAAUUACGAUUCGAUGACAAGUACCGUUCGAUACGAUACAGAUACACGCGAAUGAUCGAAACUCGUCGAAUCAAGCCCCUAACGUAAAAGGGGCGAGGGGGAGAGGGGGGGGGGAGGUCUAUCCGAUUCCGUGAAGGUUCCUGUUCCAAUUCAAUCGCGUGUCACGAAGCAUUAGAAAAAAUGAAAAGUGGAGGCUGGAUCGGGCGAAUCGGGCAAAUCGCUCGUUUCUUUCCCCCUGGUGGAUCGAGGGGACGAUCGGAAUGAGGAGACGAUUGCAGGGGAGAGUAGGCGGAGAUGAGGUGAAAAAGCGACGAAUGGAAAGAUCGAACGCGCCCUCGUUUCGGUCUUCCGGCUGAUUUUAUCAUCGUUGUGAUAAACGUAAUGUUUAGUAUAAAUAUGCCACUUAUUUAAUCAGUAAUCAAUUACUACCGCUGUAUAUAUAAACAUAGUACCUUUUUUCGAUGUAUCGCGUAAUUAAUCAAUUAAGCUACUUCGACGCGACCGACGCGACGCGAGGGAAUGGAGAUGAUAACGAUAGUUUUGUAACGGAGAACCGAUCCAGGCCGGGAUGUCGAACCGAUGACUGAGUUACUUGCGAGGCAGCUGGGUUCAAGAUGGCAGACUACGCGUUCACUCUUGGGUAUGCUGCGUUAAGGCGCCAAAAUUCUUCCCAUCAUUGUUUCAAAUUCCUUUGACUAUUCUCCGAUUGUUGAUUCUCAAAGUGUCUUUCAAAGUUUCUUUCCUUUCCUUCUGUCCAUGGUGAUUCUAAAACGUCACGUACGGCGCGAGCCAAAUUUCAGACAAAGUCCUAAACGCAAGAUCACUUUCCACGUACUGUUCUUCGAUCCUCUCGCUCUCAAAAGCUCUCGAUCCAUAGUGAACGCGAACAAGGAUUGAAAAAAAAAAAGAAAAAGAAAAAGAAAAAGAGAACAAAAGAGAAGAACGAUCGAGAAGAGCGAUCGACCACUGAAUCAAAGCUGACGGACGUCGUCUCGCGCUAGAUAAAUGAGAAUAGAUAGAUUUUAUUUAUUGUUUCCUAGGGAUCCUACACAGAAAACACACACGCUACGCCAGCGGCCAGUAGCGGGCACUGCCGCGGAGACUUUCUUAUUGUCCAUCGAACGAUCGCCUGUCGUUCGAUCGUAGUCGAUCGUCGAUCGAUCGCGUCGAAGGUGAUUAAAAAUCGAACGGGUUCGGGGAGGCGCGCGCGGACAAGUCGCGAGGAAACGUAGGAAAAACCGUUUCGAACGGCGAUCGACCGAUCGUUUUCUUCUUUUUCUUCUUACCUUUCGGUUGUACAUACGUUGUAAUGCCUUAUUUUUGGUAGUCUGUGCAUACGUCACAGUCAGGAUCUGCGGCGACAAAUGGAGGAAGGAGGGCCGGGAACAGGUUCUUUUUUUUUUUUUUUUUCUAUACGCGCCUGCGCCCGAACGAUUUUUCACGUUUCUCGGCCGGGAAUGGCGAUGCGAAUCGAGAAAUGAGCAGAAAGAGACGAUGGCAGCUCGCGACACACGACGAACCCACUAACUAAUUACACAUCGUAAGGGCGAAAAACCAGAAUUUACAAUUGUAAUUAUGUAUAAACGGAAUGCUAUGAUGUAUGAUAUUAUAGAUCGAUUAUAAAGAACACUCAUCAUUAUGAAAAUAAAUACCUAUCGAAAUCA